AUGUCACCGCCUCCAGCGCCACCGGCGCCACCAAUUCACGCGCCGAAAAAACACCAUCAUAACCAUUACAACAUUGUCGAUCAACACGAAGCCGAAAACGACGAGGAUUUAUCCGCCUGGACUCCGCGACACCAUAUUCCGAUUCGAAAAAGUUCAAAAACUCCCAUAAUUUUGAUAUCAAUUUGCCUAAUGUUGUUGAUGUUUUUACUGGGUUUAUCGGUUGGUGCAUUUGUGCACGCUGUUUUAUAUCCGGAAGGCGGAUCACCGAUUUCGAAUUUUAUUGAUUUUGAGGAAAACGAUUUGGAGAAUAAUGUGACAAACGGAGUUUAUGGUGAGCAAAAUACCAAAAAUUGAAAUAAUGGUUGUGGAAGAGUUUUCCGAGUUAGUCCUCGCGAAUAAUUUUGAAAUGAAAUGUUUCGCGUCAAAAAAUCUAUUUAUUUAUAAAAAUAAAUCCAAAAAAAAACAGUUCACGUUUUUCAAAAAAUUGAAUAAAAAAUUUCAUUUCACAAAAAAUUUUACAGACGAAAUAACGAAUGAAAAAUUGAUUCAAAUCAAUAUCGAACCACAGGAAAAUGAAAAAGAAGAAGAAGAAGAAGUUAGUUCAAGUUCAAGUUCUGAAGAAGAAGAAGAAAUUGAAAAAAGUAUCGAAGUUAGCUCAACUUCAGCUUCAAGUUCAAGCUCAGAGAAUUCAGAAGAAGAUGAACAAUCAGUGGAAAUUAGCUCAACUUCAAGUUCUCUUCAAGAAUCCGACCAAAAAUCACAAGAAAAUCAAGAAUUUCUAGAAGAACAUCGAGAAUGUAUGAAUAUGUCUUGGGUUUCUUCACGACUUCCAAAAUGGUUCAAACCAAUUGAAUAUAAAUUGAGAUUACAUCCAAAUUUGACGACGAAUUUGGUGAAAUCUCGUGUAAUUAUUGAGGUGGAAGCAGUCGAAAAAACAGAUCAAUUGAUUUUGAAUGCGGAAGAAUUGGAAAUGAAAAGAUUUGAAAUUCGGAGAAAGAAAAAGAAAAAUCAAGUGAUUGAAGCGGAAUUUGUGAGUUUUACGAAAUCUCAUUAUCCUUGAUUUUUCACCCCGAAAUUAUACCGAAAAAUCCACGUGGCCCCAAAAAAGGAUUACUGUAGCUCAUGAAUUUCCGGUGCCAGAAGUCCACGUGUAAAAAUUUAAUCAGAUUUUUUUCGCUCUCCAAAAUUUGUAGAUUACUGUAACUCAAUUUUUGGUGCUAAAUAUUCAUGUGGCUUUUUUAAUUAAAAAUUCGGGAUUACUGUAGGUUGAUUUUUUAUCUCAAAAAUUUACAGAUUUUUGAAAACUCGAGUACUGUAGAUUACUUUUUACGAUCUAUGAAUUUUUUUUUUGAAAAUUAUCAAUAUUGGAAAAACGUUUUCCUGAAUUACUGUAGUUUUCCCAAAACAAUUCACAUCAAAUGUUUUCCACUUCUUUUUGCCCUGAAAAUUAUAAUUGUUGCAGACAGACUGUAAACUAAUGACCCAAUGGUCUUGGAAAUUCUCAAAAAUCCUAAAACCUGGUGAAAUUCUCCAUUUGGAAAUCGACUACGAAUCCGAAAUGAAACCCGAUCUCCAAGGUCUUUAUAUAUCUACACAUACUUUAAAAUCUGGUGCCAAAAUCAAAAGUGCCGCCACACAAUUCGAACCAACUUUUGCGCGAAAAAUGUUGCCGUGUUUCGAUGAACCAAAUUUCAAAUCCAAAUUUGAAGUUAGCAUAAUUCGACAAGCUGAACACGUGGCAAGAUCUAAUAUGCCACUGAAAAUUUCGAGGGAAUAUUUGGACACUGAAAAUACAAAUGAGAAUGAUGAAGAAAAACAAAAUGGUCCACAAUUAUAUGAGGACUUUUUCGAAAAAUCUGUGAAAAUGUCAACUUAUUUGUUGGCUGUCGCAAUUUUGGAUAACUAUUCUUAUGUUAGAAAAUUGACUCAGAAUACAAAAAAAUCGAUAGAAGUUAGACUAUAUGCACCAGCUGAUAUUAUUGAAGGACAAAGUGAAUUUGGAAUUGAUACAACUAUCAAAGCGCUCGAAUUUUUCGAAAACUAUUUUAAUAUCAGCUAUCCUUUGGAAAAAAUUGGUGAGUAUUUGGAAAGGGAGAAAAAUAUUUGCAAAGGAGCUACUUUUUUUUACAAUUUCUAUUUUAUAAGGAAACGAGGUUGAACAAUUGUGAAGUAAAGAAAAUGACAAGAGAGAACUUCGAAAGAAAUAACAUUUUAGUGAUAAUUAUAGGACAGGCCUGUGCUGGAAAUUUGCCGAAUUUUCCGAAUUUCCGGAUUUUCCGGUUUUUUCACAGAAAAAUCAAUUUUCCGGUUUUCCGGAAAAUGUGCUCGGAAAAUCCGGAAAAAUGAUCUUUAGUAGAAAUACUUACAAUUUUGCCUAAAUUUUGGGAAAUGUUCUCAGUUUAUGAUAGAAAAAAUGAAAUUUUUUGAAUUUUUUUUCAAUUUUUCAAAUUUUACGAUUUUUUGAACGUAAAACGUCUCAAAUAGUUACUAAAUUACCUGUGAACAGGAGAAUUGUAGAUAAAAAUAAGUUUUUGUGCCAACUUAAAGCUGAAAAUCGAAAUUUCAGAUUUUGAAAAAUUUUCCGAAUUUUUUCCGGAUUUUCCGGUUCAAAAAAUUUUCCGACUUUCCGUUUUCCGGGUUUUGAUUUUCCGGCACAGGCCUGUUAUAGGGUUAAUUUUAUACCCGUUUUACCGUAGUAUUUCAAAGUCUUUCUGUUUCAUUUAUCAUGUUCUCGGUGCUAUUGAACUUCAAUUAGAGCUGAUUCGCAAUUUAAUCUCUCGGAGUUGUCCAAAAAGUAUUUCCUGUACAUUUUUGUCGCAUAUUAAUAAUGUGUACGCCAUACUGAAACUCAGCUGGAAAUUUCAGAAUUUUAAAAUUUCAGAAUAUGUAGGGUCUAAAAAUUUACCAUGUCUGAUGCACACAUAGUCAUAUUUGACCUAUUGUCAUAGCUCAUGUUAGGAAAUAUCAAGCCAAUAUUAAAUUCGACGAUUAUGAGCAUAAGAUAAACAAUUGAAUUAAUAGCAACAAUAAUUGUCAUUCUUUUCAUCAUUUCUUUAGUUCUUUGAUCAUUUUGAUGAUGGAUGAAACGAAUUUUGAGAUUUUUUAUAGUCAAAGUUCCUAGGGUUACGAUUAUAAUGAAAUAUAUGAGAGUGCAGGUAACAAUAUAUAAUUUGAAUACAACAUCUUUCUAAAAAUUAUGAAAGCUUACAAGAGACCCCCAUAAUUACAGUAACUCACAAUUGUAGAGUCUCCCCGGUUAAUAAAAUAUUUCAAAGUUUCAUUAUAAAUAUAUGGACGAUAAAGUAAAGCUGCUGGUGAAUUUAUACAAACAGCAUAUAGACAUAUACAAAAAUAUACCAGAAUAUACCAUUUUGCCCAAAACUUGUUGGAAUUCUCGAAAUGAAUUAAACUGUAGCGAUAGAAACAUAAAAUAAUUAUACUAACACUUUGAGUUUGAAAAUAGAAAAGAUUGCAAAAUGCUACAAAUUGGAAAAUCCAACGAUGAUUAUAGUAAAUAUUUUCGAAUAGAUAGCCCGUGUCAGGCCUUACGGCCAGUCUAAAAAACCAGGAAUUGAAAUAGCAGCCUAAAUUCAGAAUCAAAUCACAUUGUACAAUUCUGUAGAAUGAGGAAGUCUUGAAUUUUGAGUGUAGUCCGAGGAGAAUGAUAAAGAAUAACAUGAGCAAUACGGAAAAUGUUCCAUAAUAAAGCCAAAUUUGCAAAAGGGGCUCCAUUUCCGUGUUUUCUUUUUUUUUUUUUUGAGUAUGUGAGACUGAGAACUUUUGAAGAAAAUGUCAUUUUUGAAAUAAUUACAGGGUUUCCUGAGAUAUUUAGAAUCACAAUCAAAAAAUGUUGUUCUCGGAAAAAAAUAACGAUGAAAAAUGAGGCGGCAAAAAAAUUUUUGAACCAAACUCUUAUUUUCAGACCUACUUGCCUUGGACGAUUUCAGCGAAGGUGCAAUGGAAAACUGGGGUCUCGUCACAUUCCGUGAUUCUGCUCUUCUUUUUGAUGAAACAAAAGCGAGUGUUGUUGCAAAAGAACACAUUGCUCUCAUAAUUUGCCAUGAAAUCGCUCAUCAAUGGUUCGGAAAUCUAGUCACAAUGGAUUGGUGGAACGAAUUAUACUUGAAUGAAGGUUUCGCUAAUUAUAUGGAAUAUAAAUGUGUUGAUGUGAUAUUUCCCGAUUGGAAUAUUAUGACACGAUUCUACGCAGAGAAUGUGGCGUUUUCUCAAGAACCUGAUGGAUUUUUGAGCACACGAGCGAUUGAAAGCGAAGAUCCCGAUAGUUUAUUGAACCUUUUCGAUGCUAUUAAUUAUCACAAGGCUGCUGCGAUUAUUCAUAUGAUUGCUGAAAUGGCCGGACAGAGACAUUUUCAGGUACAAACUUUGGAAAAGGGGGAUUUAAAAAAUGUUUAGGAUACAGUAAGCCAAGCUUUAAAUUGCGCUAUCCGGUUUUUUAAAGAUCAGAUCCUUUCAGAGAAAUUCUCUCAUUCUUGUUUUUUCUUCCAGCAAGCUUUGGUUGAAUAUCUCAACGAAUUCGCCUAUGGAAAUGCAAAAGGAGUGGAAUUAUGGAGCAUCGUUGAAAAAUAUUCCGGGACAAGAGGCAUCAAGGCAGUUGCUGAGGCAUACACAAAACAAAUUGGCUAUCCUUUGGUGAAUAUAGGAAUUGAAGAUGACAAAAUUUUUAUUCAAAAUCAAACCAGGUUCCAUUUUGGUGCCAAAUCUGCCUUGAAAAAUACUGAAGAUCGUGCUGAGACCUGGCCGAUUCCUAUGAAUUAUCGAAUUCUCAAUGAAACUCGAUUCAUCUGGUUGCACCCCAAUUCUUCUCACCAAGAAAUUCCCGUUCCCAAUUACCCGCACGAAAAACAUCCGCCGCCGCUAAUCUUGAAUUCGGGUGGUGUGGGAUAUUUCAAAGUGCAAUACGACGACCAAAUGUACACUCAAAUCACCCAUCAACUUCGUCAAAAUCACACACAAAUUUCGGCGAUUGAUCGAGCCAUGAUUUUGGUGGAUGCGUUUGAUUUGGCGAGAGCUGGAAGAGUGACGAUUGAUGUGUGGUUGGAGUUGGUGAGAUAUGCAGAGAGUGAGUUUUGGGUGAGGGGGAUGGGGUAGAAAUUAUAAAAUAUGUGCUGUUGAGUUUCUAGGCCAUCAAUAGAACAAUUUGGUUUUCUAGGUCAUCAUUUUUAAAAUUAAAAAUUAGCCCGGAGACCUCAGAAUAUGGCCUGAUAAUCAAAUAUUGUUUAUUAUGGCCUAGAACUCAUCCUUAUUUUUUAACACUGUUAAAAAUUAUUUGAACUCACAAUCAGAUUUAUUUUUUUUUAACACUGUUAAAAAUUUUUUUUUUGUUAUUUUUUAACAGUGUUAAAAAUUAUUCGAACUCAUCCUUAUUUUUUUUUGAAAUUUGUGAAUUCAAAAUUUAAAAUUUGAGUUAAAAUAAAAAAUUUCAAAAAUUAUCUGAAAAAAAUACGUUUCAAAAUUGUCUUAAUUUCUGGGGACUUUUUUGAAAAAUUGGUUUUUCUCAAAAUUUAUGAAAAAAAAUAGAUGUUGCAAAAAAUGAGAUAAAAAAUAGGAAAUUUGGAGUAACUCCAAAAAUCAGAUUGAUCUAAUUUAUCAAUGAAAGUGAGCUGGACGAUUAAUAAAUUUAAAUUUAAUGUUCGGAGAUACUCCAAAUUUGCGAUUUCCUUAGCCGACAUUUUUGUGAACCCCAAAAUUCCUUAUUUUUGUAGAUGAAAAAGACAAAAUGACAUGGACAAUCAUCAACAAACAUCUUCAAACAAUCGAAAGUUUAAUAGAAAAUUCGCCAGAGAAUUUUCAAAUAUUCCGAGAUUUCGAGCGUUCUUUGAUUCUCAAAUUAUAUGAGACUUUUGACUGGAAAUCUGCAAAAAAUCAACAAACUCCAAUGAGAAAAGGUUUACAAAUUGAAACAUUUCAAGCAGCUUGUCGUUUAAAUAUUCUUGAUUGUUCGAAAAAUGCAAUGAAAUUGUUUGUCACGUGGCAAAAUACACGCAAAAUCGAUAAUCCCGAGUUUGCGGGCAUUAUUUUUGAGGAAGGAAUUCGACAAAAUGGGCAAGGAGCUUGGCAACAAAUUUGGAAAAGUUAUUUGGAAGCAACAAGUCCGGCUGAGAAAAAUAGUAUUAUUAAUUCGCUUGCAUCGGUUAAGGAUGUUCAUUUGAUUAAUAAGUGAGUUUUUUGAAGAUCAAAUAUGGCACAAGAAUCUAAAUAAUUUGAUUUUCUACAUGCUAAUAUUUUUUUGGUGCAAAAAUUUCAUUGUUUCAAAAUUAUUUGAAGAUAGAUAAUUUUCUAAUACACUUCAAAGUGGCUUUGAAAUUAAUUGAAAAUAAUGUGAUUAAAAAUCCACGUGGCAACCAUUUUACCAUGUUUUCAUAACUAAAAAUAAUUUAUAAAUGAAAUUUCACGAUGAAAUUUGAUAAAUGCCACGUGUCAAAAAGUUUAUUUUUUGCAGACUUCUCAAAUUUUGCUUGGAUGGUCAAAUCAAAAUCAAUCUAAUUCCUCGAGUUUUUUCAAGUUUAUCUCAACACGAAAUCGGAAGAACUACUGCUUGGCGGUUUUUCAAAACUCAUUUCGAAAAAUUCCAUAAAAUGUGAGUUUUUUCGGGCUUUUCUAACUGAACUGGUGCGAAUAUAUCGACAAAUUUACAAAAAAUUAUAUUCUGAAAAUGUUUCUUAAAAAUUAACUGUUUCAAAAAAACUUGAAUUUUUGAAUUUUGGUAUUGUAUAAAAUAAUUGAGAAAUUGUAGAACUUUUCUGAAACAGUGUCAAAAAAAUCCACGAGGCAACCUGGAAUUAAUUUUUCUGAAAAUAUGAAAAAAAAAUCCACUGUUUCAAAAAAUUAUGUAAAUUUUCGAAUUUUUAGAAAAUGUUGAUUAUUACUCGGUUUACUGUACCAAAAAAGAAUGAAUCAAUUUUAGAUUUCGAAAAUGUGUUUUUCAAAAAAUACUAGGAUUGUUUAGUGUCAAAAUGCUUUUUUUAAAAUUCCUCCGUCAAAAUCCACGUGUCAAUCUUAUCAUAAUUGCAGAAUGGGUUCGGGCUCCACCCUUCUCGCUACUUGCAUCCGCUGCCUCGCCGAACCUCUUUCAACACGUCAAGAUUUGGAAGAUCUCAAAUCAUUUUUGAUCGAAAAAAAUCUGGAAGACGAAGGACAAAUGAAAAUGGAACAGAGUUAUGAGCAAGUUGAGCUAAAUAUUCAGUGGAGAGAGUUGAAUGAGAAAAAUUUGGAGAAAUGGCUGGAAAAAUGGAAUGAAAAAAGAUUGGAAGACGAAAAUGAAGAAAUGUUGAAAAGAAGAAGAAGGAAAAGAGAAAUUUCGAGGAAUCAUUAUUAA